AACAGAGGAUUUACUCAAAUACUAUCAUAAACCCCAUAUCUGCAUUUAUCUUUGGAAACAAAACUCCACAGACUUCAAAGUUCUUUCCUACCACUUUUCUGUUUUUGAAUAGCAAUCCUAAUAUCGUGGUUUAGUAUAAUUAACACCCUAUUGGAUAUUAUACUCGAGGCAUACUUUCAUCUGCUGACCAAUAUCUCAUUUGCACCCUGGUAGUCACGACUAAAGCCACCUUUGUCUGGUUUUCGCCGUAGAAACCCACUAUCUGUCAAUUCAAUCUUACUACAACCGCAAGGCACAUAUCCACACCAGCUCUUCGGCUAAAGCAUAAAGCAUAAACCAAUCGUUUACACUUGUUUAGAGCCACUCGUUAUAUCGAUUACAACGGUUUAGUGACUGCACAAUCCUGGUUUACUAAUUUCAUUUGUUUCCCGUUUUUGAAAAAAGUAUCGUGCUGGUUAUUGCAUAAAUUGAACUUCGCUAAGCCAAUUGAAUAAUAUCAAGCUUUUCACACAAGUUCAGCAACUGUUUUCUUGGGUACUUAUAUAACUGCUUUUUCCUGUUAAAAGACAAGAAAUUUUGCUGAGGACUCUAUCCACUACAUUGAUUGAAAUACCAUUCUAGAACAAUAGCCACAAUGUUAGCUCAAUUAUAUCACGACGUCUUCUUGGAAAAGAGAGACACUUGUGCCACGGACAACGAAUACGACGGUGCCCACUGGGGUGCUCGUAUCUCGGCCAUUUUCGUCAUCAUGGCCACCUCUGCAAUUGGUACAUUCUUCCCAGUGUUAGCAUCCAGAUACUCGUUCAUAAGGUUGCCCUCUUGGUGCUUCUUUAUAGCCAAGUAUUUCGGUUCUGGUGUCAUUGUAGCCACGGCUUUCAUCCAUCUCUUACAGCCAGCUAAUGAAAGUUUGACUGAUGAGUGUCUUACUGGUCCUAUCACCGAAUACCCAUGGGCAUUUGGUAUCUGUCUCAUGACGCUUAUGCUUCUCUUCUUGUUCGAGUUGAUAGCAUAUCACAUCGUCGACAAGAAGGUUGCUGAAUUGGGACAAAACGCCCAAUCUCACUCGCACUUUGGUGAUGAGGCUCUCUACACCAAGAAGGAAUUUGAAUCUGAAGAAGAUGAAGAAGCCAAAUUGGAAACUGCUCCUGUUACUGAUCAACAAGAAACCAGAAGCAACUAUCCUUCACAUUUUGCUCACGCUGAUGAACAUCAGGAUGCUGAAGUUAUUGGAAGCCCAGUCGAAGACAAGAAUAAGGAACACUACUACGGACAAUUGUUGAAUGUUUUUGUUCUUGAAUUCGGUGUGAUUUUCCAUUCUGUUUUCAUUGGUUUGGCCUUGGCCGUCGCUGGUGAUGAAUUCACAUCUCUCUACAUCGUGUUGGUCUUCCAUCAAAUGUUUGAAGGUUUGGGUUUGGGUACCAGAAUUGCUACUACAUACUGGCCUAAGGGUAAGAGAUUCACACCAUGGUUAUUAUGUGCUGCCUACACUUUCACUACUCCUAUCGCCAUUGCUAUUGGUUUGGGUGUGAGAAAGUCUUACCCACCAGGAUCAAGAAAGUCAUUGCUCACCAAUGGUGUGUUUGACUCUAUUUCCGCUGGUAUUUUGGUCUACACUGGUCUUGUGGAGUUGAUGGCUCACGAGUUCUUGUAUUCCAACGAGUUCAAGGGAGAAGGUGGCUUCAAGAAGAUGUUGACAGCCUACUUCAUCAUGUGCUGGGGUGUUGGCUUAAUGGCAUUGUUGGGUAAAUGGGCAUGAGCCAUAUUUUAACAUAAAUAUGGUUAUUAGCACCAUCACUAACAGAUUCAUACCCACUCAUUCACUAAAUUUUGUUCUCUCUGCUUCACCAUAUAAAUAGCGUGAAACCAUUCACACUGUUUUUCCGAAUCAAACUUUUAAUGCCUGUUUAAUUAGUAACGUCUGCUUUCAACUAGUUUUCAUAUUUAGCACCUUUAUAGAAAAAUCCAAGAAGUAAUCG